GUGUUACAUAGCUGUGACGUAGAUAACUGUGAAGACACGUCGGCAACUCUGGUGGAGAAGGCGGAGAAAUCUAAAAGAAAGGACGAACGUAUUGCAUGGCCAGAGCGCCAAAUGAUGUUAGCUACAAGAAUAAUACAAAUAUACCGGCUAUUUCUAUACACUACUUUCUAAAGGAUAUAGCUGUAUGACCAAAAUGGACGCAUCUCGAUCGUCGACAUCGAGGAGAUUUUACUCUUCAAUGUCGUCGGCCUCAUGCUCCGUACCAGCUUCGAAGACGCCUGUCAUGAACACAUACGACUAG